AUGACAAGUUUCUGUACGAUUGGUGGAUGUUUGCUGCUGAUGUUUCUUGUCCGAGAUGAGCUAAAAAAUGUAGAAAGCUGUAUUUCUCAAGUAAACCGUGAUAUUGAUGAGCAGAGUACUAAAUCGUGGAAAAUUCUACGCGAACUCAACGUGGAUUCUUCGAUUAUUCGCGAGCGUAGAGAAGCACUUCGAAAGCUGCACAGGUUGUCGACAGCGUCAGCUAUAGGGAUCAGCCGAAAAAGAGUAGUCGUUUCACCGAUCGAACGUGAGGCAUCGAUAAACACUCGUGAUGGAUAUGUCGAAGAAUCCAAAGGCGGUCUUGAUCAGCAGCCGGGAACGGAUAGCGUGGGUCCCAUAAACGGCUACGCCUCAGCGACUUACUCAUAUUCGCCUCCUUCCAGUUUCCCGAACGCAAAUCCAACGAGUAGUCAAUCCAACCCGUACAGUUCCACAGGUUAUGGCGGAUCGACUGAAUACGGUGCACAAGUAGAAGCCAUUAAAAAGGCCCCAGAAUGCAAAUGUUCGUUGACAAACAACUGUCCGCCUGGCCCUGAAGGCCCCAAGGGUACUCCGGGAAUGAAUGGAAUUGAUGGUGAUGCUGGAUUUGAAGGAGUCAAUGGGAAGGACUUUGACGACAUCGUCGAAUAUACUCCACUUCUAAACUCUUGUGUAACAUGCCCUGAAGGAGAGCGAGGACCUCCAGGAAAGCUUGGAAAACGAGGUGCUCGUGGUUUAAGAGGACCUGGAGGCUUAGCCGGUAUUCCCGGAAGAAGUGGCAUUCCAGGCAUACCAGGAACGAUUGGGGCGGAUGGCGCUCCGGGACCAGAUGGGGAAGUUGGCCCGCCUGGUUCACCUGGCAUGGACGGAAUUAGAGGUCAAGGAAAGACCGGAGCAAAGGGACCACAAGGUCCUCAAGGGAUUAUGGGACCACCGGGUGAUGAUGGUGAAGAUGGUGGUGAUGGUACUUUUGGACCAAUCGGUGAACGAGGGGCGCCAGGAGAAAAAGGAGAAACUGGCAAGAAUGGUGAAAUCGGUGCGGUUGGUGUUGAGGGUGAGCCAGGAAUUGACGGAGAAUAUUGCCGUUGUCCACGACAUAUCUCUCAGUACGCCAGCCCUGUCAAUAGAAUCUUAUAA